AUGUUAGCAAGCCGAUUACAUUUACCCUCAGUUAUAAGAAAUCUUAUGACUCCUUUGAGCAGUGUACGUUACGAAGGAACAAGUACAUAUGAUGGAGAUGGAAAAACAAAAGUGUCAAUAUUGAAUCAAGAAGUUGAAUCAGGAUUGAUGAUAAAUUCAUUUAGUCAAAUGGGAUUUCGAUUAAACAAUGGAAUGAUGGUAAUAGGACCUAUGGCAAUUUUCCCAAGAACCGUCUUUGCUUGGAACGUUAAGAAUUAUGAAGAGAUUAACAUGAAAUCUUUGAGUCUUUUUAUCACAUUGGAACCAAAACUUGAUGUACUUGUUGUUGGAUCUGGGGAUGAACCAAUGACACCAACAUUCUCAAAAAAUAUUAUUUCAUUUAUGAAGAAGUACAACAUCAACGUAGAAGUUUUACCAACUGAACAAGCAUGUACCACUUUCAACUUUCUUGUAGGCGAGAAAAGAGUCGUUGCAGCUGCUUUAAUUCCACCAAGUCUCUUGUCAAUCAACGAAAGUGAAUUUAUAAGUAAUCAAUUGGAACGUAAGAGAAUGUUGGAACUCGAGGAUUAAUUAAUUUAAAGAAGUUAGAAAAAUAAAUAUUUUAAAGUGAA